AUGUUCUACCAUGUGGAUCCAUCCCAUGUCAAGAAGCAAACAGAGAGCUUUGCAGAAACAUUUGAAAAACACAUGGAGGGAUUUGAGGUAAAGACUGAUGAUAGAAAACAAGAGAGGCUUGCAAAGAUAAAGACAUGGAGGGAAGCUAUGAGAAAAGUUGCGGAUUUGACAGGGAUGAUCUUAGAAGAUGGGCAUGAGUCAAGAUUUAUUCAGAAAAUUGUGAAGGAGAUUGCGAAUAAAUUGCAUCGCACAGUCUUGAGUAUAGGCCCCUAUCAAAUUGGAAUCGAUUCUCGUAUAGAAGAAAUUAAUUCUUGGUUACAAGAUGGAUCAACUAAUGUUGACAUAGUGAUGAUAUGUGGGAUGGGUGGGAUAGGGAAGACAACCACUGCCAAAAUAGUUUACAAUCUAAACUUCAACAAAUUUGAUGGGAUUAUUAAGAUCAAAGAUGUUAUAUGCUGCAAAAGAGUUUUUCUUGUGCUUGAUGAUGUGGAUAAAGUGGAGCAAUUAAAUGCGGUACUCAUGAUGCAAGAUUGGUUUUAUUCGGGAAGUAAAAUUAUCAUAACAACUAGACACAAGCAAUUGUUGACGGUACAAAAACUGUAUAAGGUACAUAGGGUUAAGGAGUUAAAUGAUGAUGAAUCACUUGAGCUCUUCAGUUUGCAUGCCUUUCGACAAAACCAUCCCAUUGAACGUUACGUGGAGCACUCAAAAGGAGUUGUACAGUACUACGAAGGGCUGCCUUUAGCUCUUCAAGUUUUGGGCUCUUUGUUAUACAACAGAAAUGUAGAUGUGUGGGAAAGUGCUUUAAAGAAAUUGGAAGCAAUUUCCGAUAGCCAGAUCCUUGAAAAACUUAAAAUAAGUUAUUACUCUUUUGAUGACCAUGACAGUAAUCUAUUCCUAGAUAUUGCUUGUUUCUUUGUUAGAAAAGACAAAGACUUCAUUAUUAUAAUACUAGAUGGGUGUGAUUUUCACACAAGAGUAGGGAUUAACAAUUUCAUUGAUAAAUGCCUCUUAAAAAUUGAUGAAAAUAACAAGCUAACGUCAUAUCAGUUGUUUCAAGCCAUGGCACGAGAAGUAAUACGACAAGAGUCACCUGAGGAACCUGAGAAAAGAAGCAGACUGAGCUUCUUCUCUUCCUUCCCUAUAUAUUCUGCCUUAAGAGAAUCAUUUGCCACAUCAAAAGAAGUAGACAUACAAACUGAUGCAUUUUCAGGAAUGUGCGAACUGAGACUGCUUCAACUCUAUAAUGUACGGGUCACUGGACAUUAUGAGAAAUUUCCCAAGAAGUUGAGAUGGUUGUAUUGGCGUGGUUGCCCUUCAAAAUAUAUACCCAAUGAGUUUCCUUUGGAGAGCUUGGUUGCACUUGACAUGCGUUACAGCAGACUGGAACAGGUUUGGAGGGGAACAAAGUUGCUCAGAUUACUGAAAAUCCUCAAUCUCAGUCAAUCCCACCGCCUGAUCAGUACCCCAGACUUUUCAGAGAUCCCUAAUCUGGAGAGGAUAAUUCUUAAAGACUGCAUAAAUCUGAUUGAGGUUCAUGAAUCCAUUGGAGAAUUAAGUAGACUUGUCUUGUUGAAUCUGAAAUACUGCAGAAGACUUAGGAAGCUUCCACAACAAAUUUGUCACCUGAAAUUCCUUAAAGAACUCAUCCUCUAUGGUUGCUCAGAGCUCAAUCAGUUGCCUACAGAGCUAGGCAACUUGGAAUCUUUGACAGUGUUCAAUGCAGACAAAACUGCUAUAUGUCAAUCACAGUCAACCACCGAUGAGAAGAAUUUUUGGUGCUCAUUCUUCUCGUCAUGGGUUUGGAAACCAAGACAGUGUCCGAAUCCCAUCAGCUUUUCAUUGGCUUCCUUGUCACACUCCUUAGUAACCUUAAGUCUUGCACAUUGCAAUCUUUCUGAUGAUGCUAUGCCAAGGGAUAUGGGUGUGUAA